GAUCUGAAACCACAGAAUUUAUUGAUCAACAAGAAAUGCGAAUUAAAACUAGCUGAUUUUGGCCUUGCCCGUGCCUUUGGAAUUCCGGUGCGAAGUUAUUCACAUGAGGUGGUAACGUUAUGGUAUCGCGCACCAGAUGUUCUGAUGGGAUCAAGACAAUACUCCACAUCCAUCGAUGUAUGGUCGGCUGGAUGCAUAUUUGCAGGUACUCCGACCGAGGAGACAUGGCCCAGAGUUUCAUCGUUGCCAGAUUAUAAGAGCGAUUUCACAAUUUAUUCGAAAGCCUCCCUGGAGACGAUCCUUCCAAAACUUGAUGCUCAGGGCAUCGACUUAUUAAGUAAAUUAAUAGAGUAUCAACCCGAGAAACGAAUUAGCGCCGAAGAUGCUCUGAGACAUCCGUACUUUGACGAAAUUCACAAAAAGGAAUCGUCGCAACAAUCCUCCAAGAUUAUUUGUGCGUCAGUGGCAGGUUGCGUGGGUGGUGCGUUCGGUAACCCUGCAGAUCUUGUGAUGGUCAGGAUGCAAAAUGAUGCCAAAUUACCGUCGGAAUCAAGACGGAAUUACAAGAAUGCAUUCGAUGGCGUCUUCAGAGUUGUUAGAGAAGAAGGAAUUAAAGGCCUUGCGAGAGGAAUAGGUCCGAAUGUCAACCGGGCCAUAUUGAUGAACUCUUCACAAUUGGCAUCUUACGAUCAGUUUAAACAGGUUCUAUUGGAAACAGGAAUCUUUCGGGAUAAUAUAUUCACGCACUUCACCUGCAGCCUGUUGGCG